AAUCUUCAGAUGGAAUUAAAUGUUGCACUUUUCUGCAUACAUCUGCAAAUGAUUUGUUGUCUUGUGCUUCGCAAAAUACUUCGAAGGAGCAAAUGAAAUGUAUAUUACAUAAUGCAUUAAAAACGAUACAUCUAAUUAGUCCUCUACAAACGAAACAUUUUUUGUUGAUGAAAAAAUUAGCAUCUGAAAUUUUGCCAUCGUCCGUGAAUUCUAUGCACUUGGAAUAUAUCGGAUCAACAACAAAAUUAAAGAGUACAGAGUCUUACAAUUCCAAGAAAAUCGACGUAGACACAUUGCAAACUGUACAAUAUACGAUAGCUGCUAUGAAGAAUCAGGUACAAUCACCUGUUGCAGAUGCUAUUUAUUCCAAUGAUUUGGAGACAAAUUUAAUAAACGAAUUUCCAGAAAAGAUUAUACCAUCACCUGUCGGAUUUAUAAAAACUGACGCACAUUCUUCGUUUAGUCCUACAGAAAAUGAACAAGCUUUAAGAAACAACCGCGAUAGAAAUCCAUCUGCUCCAAAACAAGAAAUAUAUAUCGACAAAAAUAAAAAAUAUUCUCCACAUGUACAGUUAAUUAAUGAAGCCACGAAUUUUGAAAAAGUCAGAAUAUAUCCACAAAAUUGUCAAUCGGCUUCGAAGGAGCGAUUGACAUCAAUGACGAACAUCGAUAGCACGCGAGAUCUUGAUAUUAAUAAUCGCAAAGUCACGGAAGAAUUAUUGGAAUUCGACAAAAAUGCUGUCGAGACAAACGCUCGUUAUGAAAAGCAAUCGAUGGUAUCAAUGUCGAAGGAUGUCCCCACAACGCCUGCGGUUAAUUCCUUCGAGCAGAAAACACCGUCAGAGACAUUUCUCUCGCUCGAUCGCAUUUCCACUCAGCCGAUCAAUAAAAACACACCGACAAACAAGUCCGAGGCACCGAGGAACGACAGCGAUAUCAACGUAUUUACCAGCGUAAAAAGAAGGCCAUCGUUUUCCGAAAACGCGCAAAAAAAUAAGCAAUUCGCGAUACGACGCAAAAGAAACUCGCAGCUUCUUCGCGAUUCCCGGAAUAAGUUGCAAGGAGAGACGAUGAGUGGAAAUCAUCGUGUAUUUCCGCUCAUUGAAAAUAAUACAGCGGAGAUCACUCCUAUGCUAAGAAGGGACGAUCCUCUUCAAGCAUCGACGCGUAAUAAACGAAUGACUGCGCCUAUCGUGUCGCAAAAAGAUAUCCUGAACAAAAACACCGAGGAAGCGGAGUAUAAAAAUAAUACCACUCAAAAGAAAAACACGAAGCCGUCGUUGCAAAAUAAUCAAUCUGAGGUAGCAAUCAAGGAGGGAAGGAAAGGAUCUACAAACGAGAAUGCAACGAUGAAGGAUUCUGUAAACGCGACUCUUCCUUACAUGCAAAAAUUCAGAUUUCCGCUUAAAAAAUUGUUGCCCACAAGAUCUAAGCUACAUAAAAAGGAACAUAAUUCUAUAAGUACCAAAUACGCCAAUCCGAAUCGAUUCUCUUCGAGUCACUUUCAACACUUUUAUGAAGCAAAAGAAAAUCUUCUAUCGAAAAUUAAUAAUAUAACGGUUGAAAAGACAAAAUCGACGCAUUUCGAAUUUCUAUCAGAAGCCUCUCGGGCCUACUUAUCUAAGAGAAAAAAUGAAAAAAUUUUAAAAAAAUUCGAGGCGAGAGAUUACGCACUAGAUAUGAAAACGUCUAACGUUAGUGCACUCAAUGAUUCUAUAAGUACGAACAAAAAUGACUUGUACGAAUAUUCAACAUCAAAUUCGCAGAAUGCAUCUCUUGCAUCGAACAAAACUGCAUCUCAUUUAAACGUGUCUUCACAGGAAAUUGAGAAAUCAAUGCAGACGAAAGCAGUGUAUAAUAAUUAUACCGAAUCUUCGACACCUGAAAACAGCUCGAAAGUAUCGUCGAAAGAGAUCGUGCAAAAAAUCACCGACAAUUUGAAGCAAUUAUCCGAUAUAAAUAGAGAUAAUGCUCCGAAAUAUUUUAGUACUAAAUAGCCCAUUGAUAAUCGAAAUGGAACCGAAACGUCUUCCGAAUCAUCGAGUUUACCUGUAAACGUGGCAGAUGAACAAAAGUCAGACGGGUCAGACGCAAGCACAUGACAGAAGGACAUCGCGAGCAAUUUAGAUACUGAAAA